AUGCAAAUGAAAAGCUUCCUUAGUAUUACAUUACAUACAAUUGUAGAAGCUCAUCUGGAAUCAAAGACAAUUGGCACUGUGGAAUUAUUCCAAAGUCACACAGCCGAAUACAUUGGGAAAACAUUGGUGGAAACUUUGUCAAACUGGAGUGUGCAAAAAGAAAAUGUUGUUGCAGUUGUGACAGAUAGUGGUGCUAAUUUUAAAAAAGCAAUAAUAAAUGAAUUUACUGCUAACAAACAUAUUCCUUGUGUGGCCCAUACUAUAAACCUAGUGGUAGAAAAAGCAAUUGAAAAAACGCAGGAAAUAAAUGUCCAAACAAAAGUUAAAAGUGGAGGUGUCCCAGCAAUUAUGUCCAAAAUACGAGAAAUAGUAAAGUUUGUAAAAAGAAGUUCCAAGGCAAGUGAUUCCUUAAGAAAAUGUCAAAAAUUACAAGGUACGAUUGAAGGUAAAUACUUAAAACCAAUUUUGGAUGUUAGGACGAGAUGGAACAGUUCAUUUUAUAUGAUUGAAAGGUUUUCAACAUUGGCUAUUUAUUUAUCUCAAGUGCUUCUUGAGUUUAAUGGUACUGAUAUACCAGAGAUGGUAUCUGUCUCUGAGUUAAACUGUUUAAAAGAAAUGUGUGCUUUAUUACAAUCUUUUGAACAGUUAACCAGAGAACUUUCGACAGAAAAAACAGUAAUGUCCAGCAAAGUCAUUCCAUUAAUAGUAUGUACAAAAAAUGAAUUAAUAAAGCAAGACCCUACCAUCACCAUAACAAUACAACUAAAAAUAAAGCUGAUCGAAGAACUGGAUUUCAGGUGUGGAGCUUAUGAGCAAGGUCCAGUACUUCCGAUUUGUACGAUAUUAGACCCGCGUUUUAAGGAUAUGCAUUUCAGGAAUCCUUUAAUAAAUGCUAGAGUUCAAGAAAACAUAUUAAAAAUGAUGGAUAACGAUUAUAAUGAAACUAAUCCCACAGUACCAGAGGAAACAAUGAACCCUCCAAGCGAGUUAAAUCAAUACCUGCACAGAAAUGUCAUCAAAUUAAAUGAAGAUCCUUUGGUUGAAUGGAAAAACACAGAGGUAAUAUAUCCUAAGCUGUACAACUUGGCAAUGAAAUAUUUACUGAUUCCGGCAACAUCUGUACCAUCCGAGCGUUUGUUCAGUAAAGCUGGAGAAACUGUCAGUAAAACCAGAAACCGAUUGACGGGCAAAAAUUUGUCAAAGCUUCUCUUCUUGCAGUCUACCGAUAAAAAUCAAUUGGCUCAUAUUUUGUAA